UUAGGUGUGUGUGUGUUUUGGGCACGCGUGUGUGUGUAUGUGCACCACGGGUUGGAGAUCAUCGGAACUCGGAAAGCAGACGAAAUCGCGAGGACUGUCCCUCGCCCACCUCACGCGUGCGAAAGUGUGUGAGUGAACGUGAGUGUGUAGCAACGGUGUAGUAUUGUUUAGUGCAAGUAUCGGUGUAACAGUUUAACAACAGUAUGUCGGCGGUACGAGAAAUUCCAGCUGAGGACAGCAUCAAGGUUGUGUGCCGUUUUCGGCCCCUGAACGACAGCGAGGAACUGGCCGGGUCGAAGUUUGUGGUCAAGUUCCCGUCCGGGCCAGAGGAAAACUGCCUCUCGAUUGGGGGCAAAGUGUAUCUUUUCGACAAAGUAUUCAAACCGAACGCCACACAGGAGAAGGUCUAUAAUGAAGCGGCCAAAUCGAUCGUCUCGGACGUUCUGGCUGGGUACAAUGGAACGAUCUUUGCUUACGGUCAAACAUCGUCCGGUAAAACGCACACGAUGGAGGGAGUGAUCGGCGAUCCUGCCAAACAGGGCAUCAUACCACGUAUUGUGAACGACAUCUUUAACCACAUUUACGGGAUGGAAAUGAAUAUCGAGUUCCACAUCAAGGUGUCGUACUAUGAGAUCUACAUGGACAAGAUCCGUGAUCUGUUGGACGUCUCGAAAGUAAAUCUGAGCGUGCACGAGGACAAGAAUCGGGUACCGUAUGUGAAAGGAGCGACGGAGCGAUUCGUUUCAAGCCCGGAAGACGUGUUUGAGGUGAUCGAGGAGGGCAAAUCUAACCGUCACAUUGCUGUGACGAACAUGAACGAGCACUCGUCCCGCUCGCACUCCGUCUUUCUGAUCAACGUGAAGCAGGAGAACAUGGAGAACGAGAAGAAACUAUCAGGCAAGCUGUAUCUGGUUGAUUUGGCCGGUUCGGAGAAGGUGUCUAAAACGGGUGCCGAAGGUACGGUGCUAGAUGAGGCGAAAAACAUUAAUAAAUCGCUUUCGGCACUCGGGAAUGUCAUUUCCGCGCUGGCUGAUGGCAACAAGACGCACAUCCCGUACCGUGACUCGAAAUUGACACGCAUUCUCCAGGAGUCUCUUGGUGGUAAUGCGCGCACCACGAUCGUCAUUUGCUGCUCUCCGGCCAGCUUUAACGAAUCCGAAACGAAAUCGACACUGGAUUUCGGGCGCAGGGCGAAGACUGUGAAGAAUGUGGUAUGCGUGAACGAGGAACUGACUGCGGAGGAGUGGAAACGUAGAUACGAGCGGGAGAAGGAAAAGAACACCAAACUAAAACUGAAGAUCGACAAGCUGGAAGCGGAAUUGGCCCGGUGGCGCGCCGGUGAAACGGUUAAUCUUGAAGAGCAGCUCGAUUUGCAGCAGGACGCUAUGGAGGCAAGCACACCGAACGUGGAAGUGCUACUGGUACAGAACGUAGACCUACCAGUACCAGCUACACCCGGUGGUGGCGGCCUUCCGCUGUCGGUCGAGCGCGACACGUUAGAAGUGGAACGAGAGCGACUGUACCAGCAGCUGGACGAGAAGGAUGAAGAGAUCAACCAGCAGUCACAGUACGUGGAAAAACUAAAGGAGCAGAUCAUCGAUCAGGAGGAGCUGAUUGCGAACACGCGGCGAGAUUAUGAGAACUUGCAAUCGGAGAUGACGCGCAUUCAGCAGGAGAACGAGAAUGCCAAGGAAGAGGUGAAGGAGGUGCUGCAGGCGCUGGAAGAACUAGCGGUCAACUACGACCAGAAGUCACAGGAAAUCGAGUUAAAGAACAAAGAGAUCGACACGGCGAACGACGAGCUGUUGGCCAAGCAGACAACGCUCAACAGCGUGCAAUCAGAGUUGCAGCAGCUAAAAGACAUGUCGUCGCACCAGAAGAAACGGAUCAACGAGAUGCUAGCGAAUUUGCUGCGUGACUUGUCAGAAGUCGGCCAAGCGUUGGCUGCUGACCAAAACGAGAUGAAAAUGAACGUUGAAGCGUCGGCCGGCAAGGUCGAGGAGGAGUUCACCGUCGCGCGACUUUACAUCAGCAAGAUGAAAUCCGAGGCGAAGAACCUGUCGGCGCGUUGUGGCAAUCUCGAGACGCUCCAACAAGACACCUGCCGCAAAGUGGCGGAAUACGAACGGGAUCUGAGCGAGUGCCGCCUGCUGAUUUCGCAGCACGAAGCGCGCAUGAAAUCUUUGCAAGAGUCGAUCCGCGAAGCCGAAAACAAAAAGCGCACUCUGGAAGAGCAUAUCGAUGCUUUGCGUGAGGAGUGCGCCAAGCUGAAGGCUGCCGAACAGGUGUCGGCAGUGAAUGCCGAAGAGAAACAAAAAGCAGACCAACUGCGCGUGGCGUUCGAAAGCCAGAUGGAUCAGCUACGCGAUGUACACACCAAGCAGGUGUCGGCACUACGGGACGAAAUUUCUGAGAAGCAGGACAUGAUCAACGAACUGAAGGACACGAACCAGAAACUUACUCUCGCCCACCAGCAGAUGACGGCCGAUUUUGACAAGCUGAAGCAAGAGGAGCAGGAGAAGUCCACCAAGUUGCAAGCGCUCAUGCUAACUGAUGAAAGACGCGAGCAAGCACGCAAAGAUCUCAAGGGCUUAGAAGACACGGUGGCAAAGGAAUUACAGUCACUGCACGCAUUACGAAAAUUGUUUGUUUUGGACCUUCAGGCACGUAUCAAGAAGUCGUUGAACUCAGAGGACACGGAGGAUGAUGGUGGUUCGUUGGCGCAGAAACAGAAGAUUUCUUUCCUAGAGAACAAUCUCGAGCAAUUGACAAAGGUACACAAACAGCUCGUUCGGGAUAAUGCUGACUUGCGUUGCGAGUUGCCAAAGCUAGAGAAACGACUUCGUACCACAGUCGAGCGUGUAAAGGCACUAGAGACGGCACUCAAAGAGGCGAAGGAAGGUGCAAUGCGCGACCGAAAACGCUACCAGUACGAAGUGGACCGUAUCAAAGAAGCGGUUCGCCAAAAGAAUCUAGCACGUCGUGGACCGCAAGCACAAAUUGCCAAACCGAUCCGCGCUGGACAAGGGCAAUAUUUAUUUAAGAGUGGAGCAGCAGGUGCCAACGCUCCCGGUAGCACCGCUAUUACUCUAAAGGCAAUGUCAGAUGAAAAGCGAAAGUCGCAAAUCAAAGAUAUGGAUAGUUGAAUUAAUAGCUAUUACCGCUGAGCGCGUUAAGCAGCAAGUUAGCCCGGUGGCUUCACGAGAUUAGAUGAUGAUCUAAAAAACAAACGAUUAUAUGGCUUAGGGCGAAGCUCGGUCGACAACUAAUUGCCGGCGACAUGCAACAGUUCCAAACAGUUUGACACAAAACAGUUCCGCAAAAAUUUUACCAGUUCGUUGCAACAGCACAGGGAUUUUUUAGCUGCUUCAAUCCAGGCCGUAAAACUGUGAAGUUUCACAUUUUUAGAUAUAUACUUUUUUCAUCCGGAUACAAAACCACCCAUCUUUGGUAUGUAACGAUGAUAUUUGGGUGCUUGGCAACCGUUGGAGAGUAAAAGUGCACGAAAUGUGUGGAAUCCUAUUUUUUCAUCUCUGAACUGUAACGUCACAAAUAAAAACAAAAUCAUCAUAACGAAACCACAAGUAUGCAUAAUGAUAGCAUAAUAGGAGAUAACACCACACACACAAACGUUUGUUAUAAUGUACGCUAAAAAGCUGCUAUUUAGUGUAGGAGGUGUAUGAGAAAACGAUGUGAACGGAUUCGCUUGUGGGAAAAUCCCAGGGAUGUUUACAAAUGUCUCAGCGUCACCUUGCCCAACACUAUCCGCUUUUCAUCUGUAUAGUUGCUUCGCAGAUGAAAAUUAACAUAACAGUAGCACUAGCAUGAAUGCAAAACUCAGUUAAUAAAAUUGAAGCGAAGUGAAUAACGAAGAGCAGUGCGUUAGUGAACAAUAGCAGACUGGUUUGGCUUCAAAACUCACAGCGCGAAGAAUAAUACAGUGACAUACUCCUCUACGCUAAUAGCGGUAAAUGGAAUACGGCACAAGCUAAAUUUGCAAAAUUUGUCAAUCGCUAGUUGAAAAUAUGUUCAAUUGAUCAAUGGAAAUUUAGAACUGCUUCCUACACUGGAUUGCAUCACUGCUUACUUUUAAUGACCACAAAUAUAACAUUGAUGAUAAUUCAUCAAUCUGUGUAUGUGUAGGUGUUUGUUUUUUAUUUAAUUUCAUGAUUUUAUUUCAUGAUGGGAUUGAAUCAGAAAGGUUUGAUUUUGCUAGUGCUACAACACUUGUGCUUAACAGGUCUUAGAUAUUUAUUUGUCGGUUUUCGAGUACUAGAUUUUUAUUAUAAAACAAAUCUUA